AUGAGCGGUCUAUGGAAGGACUUCAGUUAGUUGGGUUUAAAGAACAACACUUACAUUCAGUUCAAGAUUAUUUGAGUGCUCUAAAACUUAUCUUAGCUAUCAACAAUAAAACACAUUAUUUAGAUGGGUAUGUCGCGCCAAUUGUUGCAGAUUGGUCUGGCCAAUUAUUCAUUAGGAAAAUUUUAUAUCAAAAGUCACCACCACAAGAAAUUAUGCCAUUUUUGCCUAUGCUAGGUCUUGAAUAUAUAAAUAAAUUCAAUAAAUGGACCAGUGGAAAUGAAUUUAUUGACAAGCUUUUAAGAACAACUCAAGUUAAUCCAAAACAUUAUUACAAUGUAUGGGAAUGGAUUCCGUACACACAAUUUAUGGAUAUCCAAUUUCUUGAUAAAGGUGGCUUCUCGACUAUCGAAUCUGCUAUUUGGUUGGAAGGACCACGAAAUAUCACUAGUAAUAGUCUUAAGUCAACUAUUAGGAAUCCAAAUAAGAAAAUUGUUUUAAAAAAAUUACUUAAUUCGCGAAAUAAUAGUAAAGAGCUUGCGAAAGAACUCCAAAUAAUUCACACUUACAAGGAUAUUGUUAUAGCAGAAAUUUACGGCAUUUCUCAGCAUCCUGAGACUGGUGAUUACAUAAUAGUAAUGAAAUAUUAUGAAAACGGUGACCUAAAAAGUUUACAACACAAAACAAAGCUAACCUGGAAAGAGAUCUUGAUUCUUUUAGGCGGUAUUAACUAUGGACUCGAAACUAUUCAUAAUGCGGGAUUUGUACAUCGUGAUUUGCAUCCUGGCAACAUUUUUCCUGAAAUAAAAGAUGAGUUUGUCUAUACAGCUUUAGAUGUAGGAUUUUCUAUUGAUUUCAACAAAACAAGCACAUCAUCAAAAAUGUAUGGAAUAAUUCCAUAUGUUGCACCUGAAGUUUUCCUGAAUGGUUCGUACACAAAAGAAUCAGAUAUUUAUAGUUUUGGUAUCAUAAUGUCAGAAAUAGUAUCGGGACGACCCGCGUUUGCAGAUAGAAAACAUGAUCUUGUGCUUAUUUCGGAAAUUUGUAAUGGUAAACGACCUGAAGUUCCACAAGAAAUACCGGGAAUGUACGUGGAACUUGUUAACCAAUGCUUAAGUGCUGAACCUUCAAAACGACCCAGCUUAGAAGAAAUAUCCGAAAAAUUAAAAAUUUGGAUUAAUGAGGGUACUGUUAUUAAAGAAUUUGAUGAUAACCAGAUAAACACCAAACCAUUAAACCAAUACCAUUCCGGAGCUAUUUACAAAUGUGACCCUAGAGAACUAAUGGAAAAUACCGUUUAUUGUGAAAAUGAGGAUAUAAAUAGUUUUACUAAAGAAAGUAAUCUUGAAUGUGUUCAAGAUAAUAGUUUAAAAUUUGGAAAAAAUAAUGGGAAAUGUGACCCUAAAGAACUAAUAGAAUUUAUUGUUUAUUGUGAAAAUGAGGAUGUUGAUAAUUUUAUUAAAGAAAGCAAUCUUAAAUGGAUUCCAUAUAAAAGUUUUAGCGAAAUAAAAGAAAUAGGAAAAGCAUUAAAGCAAAUGCAUAUACCUGAAGAUGCGAUUAGUAAUAUGAUAAAUGAGAGACCAAAAAUUAAAGAAAUUAAUGAACUUUUGGAUCAUUGGAAUCUUAUCCUGAAUUAUGGUCCGAAAUAUCCAGAAUAUAAACCUGGCGGAUAUGCUUCUUUGGAUGAUCCUUUUAGAUACUACAAAAAGGAAGAUUCCCACCAUGCGCGCUUGGAUGCAAUUGAAGAAAGGAGAAUAGUUGAAAAUAAAUUUUCUGAUUAUGGUUCGGAAUUUGAAGAAUACAAAAAACAAAGGUAUUUAGAGUACGAUGGAAACAUUGGUCGAAAUUAUUAUUCGUACUUUGAUUCAUAUGAAGAAAGGAAACAAAUCCAAAACGAAUUUUUAGAAUCAGAUAGAAUAAAUAAAUCAACAAACAUUAGCACGCAGAUUUAUGAAAGUUCGGUAUGCACUAAAUGGAACUUUAAACAAAGCAUAAGUCAAGCAUUAGAAAGUUUAUCUGUUAAAGGAUAG